CAAUACGUUCUAAACAUGACUCUACUAAAGUUUCAUCUUCGGGCCAGUGCCGUGAAAACUAUCCCUACCUUCACGAGCAGAUUGGGCUAUGCCUGUGGACAAUGGAGCGAACUUUUCCGCCGCAACGCAGUACUACAACGCAUCAUUUCAGCGACGAUACUGGCACCUGUAGUGACGGUCGUUAGGACGACGUACGCUUUGCAGGCUAACCAAUCUUAUAUUGUAAAUUCGAUGUGUGGUAAAGCCGAUAUCUACCUAGCACACGCCGUGCUCGCUGGCUGGCACAGGUGUGGUGGGCGCAGGUGUGGAACUCGACGAGGAGGAUCCCGUGGAAGAAGUGGGCGCGGCGGUCGUCGAGGCCGGAGCAUCAGUGUCAUGCUCGUCGCUCGCUCCAGUAGGAGUGUUGUUAUCUGGCGAUGGAGUGGAUGGGGCCGAAGGCGUCGAUGAGUCCGACGAGGGAGUCGUAGGGGUUGAAGGCGAGGACGGGGCUGUAGUUGUCGGCGUUGGGGCCGACGUGGGGGCCGGUGUCGUAGGAGCCGGUGCAGGCGUCGGUGCAGGUGCAGGUGCUGGGGUUGGUGCCGGGGCCGGUGCUGGGGCCGGUGCUGGGGCUGGGCCCGAUCUCGAUUCACACACCUUAGACUGGCCAGAGCAUGCCUGCUCGUCCAGGCUGCAUGAGUCUAGGUCCAACACGCAAAGCAUCCAGCACGUGGUGGCACUGUGCGAGCUUACUGUGCACUCACAGCUUUUCGAACACGAAGCCGCGUCAGUGUCGUGAUUGCGGUUGCACACCACUGAACAGCCCUCAGACGGUGCCGUUGCGCCCGACUUAACAGUGCACGCGUUGAAGCUACACUCAGCGUCGGCAGACGCGAGCAGAUGACGACCUGGAGCGCAGCCCAGUAACUGAUGGUCCGAGUGAUGCCCCUGCUGCACGUACUGCGCCGUCGUAUUCGCGUGCUCGCCGAAGUCCAUCUGCUUCAGCAUGCGCUGGUACGACGGCAGCAACGUCAUCUUGCCGAACCACGCGCGCAACAGGCGCUGCGUCUCCGUCAUCUUCACCUCGGGCAUACGCAUGCCGUGCAUCACGGCCGGGAGCUGCUCCGACGUGCCCACCCAGCGGUUGUAGCCCGUGCCCACCAUGAGCGUCACCUGGUCGGGUUUGAGAAUCGGACGCACGCGUUGGCCGUCGCGGCGCUGGAUGAUGAGACCCGAUUCCGAGUCGUCCUCGCCACCGGCUUGAACAGACUUGAACGUGCUGUUGGCGCCGUCAUUGUUGACCUUGUAGAAAGCAGGCGUGGCGAACACGAUGAACAUGCCGUCGUCCUCGUGCAACUCGAGCGACAAGUCAUCCUUGGAAGACGUUGAGGCCUGGGUACCUGAGUCCGCGCUCAUGAGUCUACGCUCGUGCAGAGACGGCGUCUCGUAGGCGUGGAAAUGGUCGAGACGCACGGCGUCCGUCAUUAGCUUACGGCUCGAGACAGUCUUACCGUAGCCGUCCGUCGUGGUGAAGGUGGUAGCAUCGAGUGUCGUGGCAACAUUCAGCACGACCAGCUCCAGCAGCGACGAGAACUCGUCGUAGAUGGUCUUGUAUCCGGGACACGCAGCAUCUGUAGUGGUGGCGGUGGCGUCGGCAUCUUGUCCGGACGGCGUACUGAUGGUGUAGCGGUUCGUUCCGUCCGUGAGCGUCUUGAACAGCAGGAACUCGGCGUUGACCUCUUGUGCAGACACGGCACAGGCAGCGGCCGAAUCGAGGUAAGAGCGGCGCACCUGAGCGUACGACGGCACGUUGGUGAAGCUGAUGAUACCGUCCUUCUUGAGCGCGUCGAGGACGUCGUUGGGCGUGUUUCCGGUGGAGAGUGUUUGGUAGUCGAAGUUGGGGACCUCGAAUGCAGGUACUUGUUCGGCGAGGUUGGUGGGUACUGCGCUUGCCAUGAGCAAGGCAGCAAGACCCAGAAGCAUCUUGGUAACUUGGACCAUUGUGUUGGAAUGUGCUCUGGAUACCGAGUCUUUGUUGGUGUGUGCGCUCGAAGCCAAAAGUGGAAAUGAGUGAGACCGUCGUGAUGAAAUGCAUCAGAGGGGCCGUUGAUUGGAAAACGCCACGUUCACGAAGCUUGGUCUCUCCGAAGAGGUCAGAAAUCAUUUCUGUAGGAUCAACUUGCAAAGAUGUCAGCAAGUUGCACCCGUGACAUCCGGUGGGUGGAGGAGGAUCAACCUGGCCGAAGCGAGUUGCAUGGAUACGACUCGUAUCAUACGAGAGCCCAACGCUUCCCAUCGGAGCAUGGUACAGCCUAUUGUUGACAGGGGCUUCCCCACUUGUUAAUACCAAGUUGUUAUUAAUACCUGGAUUGCAAGCUGAAUUGACCCUACGACAAGACAAGAGGGUAGCCGCCCCACCUCCUCUGACAGUAUACCGAUGCAUGCCAUUUAUGAAGAAAUCUUCGAUGGUAUAUUGAUAAUAGGACAUGCUGUGGCUUGCAACAUCUUCGUUUUUGCUGCUCG